UUUUCUUUCCCCUAAUUUGAAAUCGGAAUAAUAACAAGCAGGAGGAGAAAGAAGCCCUAAAAGAUUUAAGAAAAUUUGUGAAGAAGACAGAGUUUCAAAGAGAAAUAGAAGAUGAAGACGACGAAAGGGGGCAAAGUUAUGAACCCUACGGAUGCCUACCGUAAGGAGCUUCGUAAGAAAGAACUUAAACGGAACAAGAAGGAAAGAAAGAAGGUGAGGGAGGUGGGGAUUUUGAAGAAGGAUCCUCAUGCAAUCAUGGAGCAGAUUGAGAAGUUAGAAGUGAUGAAGGCUGAAGGUGCAUUAGACAAAGCAAGAAAACACAAGAAGAGACAACUCGAAGACACACUUAAUCUUGUCUUAAAGAAGAGGAAGGAAUUCGAAGACAAAAUGAAGGAGAAGGGUGAGACCCCUGUUAUGUUCAGUCACUUGGGGCCUCCUCGCAGAAGGACAACUGCAGAAGAGGAAGAGAGAGCAAAGCAUCCUAAGCCUGAAGACUCUGUUUACUAUCACCCUACUCUGAAUCCCACUGGGGCUCCACCACCUGGAAAGCCACCCAUGUACAAAUCGUCAAUAGGACCUAGAAUUCCCUUGUCUGCUGCAUCAUCAAGUGCUGCCGCAUCAUCCUCACAGACAGAGUCAGAGGAUGUUCCUCUAGCUGUACCACCUCCACCUCCUUUGCCAGAUGCUGGUUCAAACUCUGGGGAUGGCACGGUUGUGCCUUUAUCUUUGCCUCUACCACCCCCACCUCCUGUGCCGUCCACGCCUGCCACAGCAAACUUGGGUAUUCCUUUGCCUCCACCACCUCCUGGUCCCCCACCUAAAGAGCAAGUUGCAGUUCGCCCUCCACUACCUCCACCUCCUCCCCUUCCACAGUCUGCACAGCCACUUCCACCUGGCACUAGUGGAAACAUGCCAGAUGACUCGACCUCCAAGGAGCUGGCUCAGGUGCCAACUGUACUCCCUCCCCCUCCUCCUGGAAUGCCCCCUAAAUUGGCUACUAAUCAAGGUGAAGGUGCUCCGUCAGAAGCUGAUACCAAUAACCAUACAGCAAUUUCUAAAAUGGUUCCACCACCUCCACCUCCUCCCAGACAACCUCCGGUGCCUGGACCUGCCAUGGUCCCAGCUUUACAGCCAGAUGUAUUACCCCCUGGAAUACCAGGUUUCCCUCCACCCCCGCUUCCAGAUAUGCGGGCAGCACUAUCUGCCAGUGGACUUCCUAGUCAAACUGCUCCUCCAGGAAUGAUGGUUCCACUUAUUCCAAAACCACCUUUAGGCCCUCCACCUGGACCUCCUCCAAUGAUGAGACCACCACUUCCGCCUGGUCCACCACCCGCCGCGCUGGAUGAUUAUAAUCUUGCAAACCGACCACCCUUACCACAGAAACCAUCAUAUGUUAAAUCUGCUGCAUCUACUGUUGUUAAGCGGCCACUGGCUCAGCACCAGCCGGAGCUUACGGCUAUGGUGCCUGCAUCUGUUCGAGUAAGGAGGGAGAUUACUGCCCCAAAAGCAAGGCCAAAGCCUUCACACUUAAUCAUGACAUCGACCACCAAGCCUGUAGCUACUACCAUUGUGAAGCCUGAAUCAGCUAGCACAUCAUCAGCUCCGAAGGCACAGAGUAUAGAUGACUCGUACACAGCAUUCCUCGAGGAUAUGAAGGCACUUGGUGCACUUGAUAGCUGAUAUUGCCAUAGCGAGAUUUCAAGGAAAAGUGGCUCCCAUGCAAUCUGAAUGAAGCAGAGGUAUAAGCUAAUUUUAUGGAUGUAUGGGUUUGGGGAUAAUUGUUAUUCUUUGGUCCAGUUUUUCCAUUUAGCUGUUUUAUGAUCAACUGAUUGCCGCAUUUUUCUGUUGGCAAACUUACAAACUUUCUCAGUUGAUGCGAUAGGUGUAAUGGAGGGCAAUUUUCCUCAAGUGAAUGAUAAAAUGUAUCUGCUCUGAUCAUCAUAUCAAUUUUACAUGCAUUUUGCGUUUGAAAA